UGCCGGCGGAGCCGCCGCGCUGCGCCCCCUCCGGGCCCGCCCGAGCCGCCCCUCCCCCAGCCGGCCCUCCAGUGUCGCCAGGUUUCAGGAAGCGACCCCCACGGGGUGCGUGCUGUGAGGCCGCCGGGCAGCAGAGGCGCCUCCCCGGAGGAGCCAGCCGGGCGGCGUCCCGCGGGGAAAAUGAGCGGCACCGGCGCCAGGUCCAGCCACCUGUCCCAGCCGGUCGUGAAGAGCGUGCUGGUGUACCGCAACGGGGACCCCUUCUUCGCCGGCCGCCGCGUCGUCAUCCAUGAGAAGAAGGUGUCCAGCUUCGACGUCUUUCUGAAGGAGGUGACGGGCGGCGUUCAGGCGCCCUUUGGAGCCGUCAGGAACAUCUACACCCCGCGCACCGGGCACCGCAUCCGGAAGCUAGACCAGAUCCAGAGCGGGGGCAACUACGUGGCCGGAGGCCAGGAAGCCUUCAAGAAACUCAAUUACUUGGACAUAGGAGAAACCAAGAAAAGACCUAUGGAAGUUGUUAACACAGAGGUGAAACCGGUGAUGCACAGGAGACUCAACGUGUCGGCUCGCUUCAGAAAACCGCUGCAGGAGCCCUGCACUAUCUUCUUGAUUGCCAAUGGAGACCUCAUAAGUCCGGCUUCUCGCCUCCUCAUCCCUAGAAAAACCUUGAGUCAGUGGGAUCAUGUCCUACAAAUGGUCACGGACAAAGUAACUCUGAGGAGCGGGGCUGUCCACAGACUUUACACGUUAGAAGGAAAGCUGGUUGCGAGCGGGGCCGAGUUGGAGAAUGGGCAGUUUUACGUGGCGGUCGGCAGGGAUCGGUUCAAGAAACUGCCUUACAGUGAAUUACUGUUUGACAAGUCAACAAUGAGAAGGUCGUAUGGUCAGAAGUCUUCUUCACUACCUCCUAUCGUAGGAUCCAGAAAGUCUAAAGGGAGUGGAAAUGAUCGUCAGUCCAAGUCAACAGUUGGAUCCAGCGACAACACAUCCCCUCAGCCCCCGAAGAGGAAAGGGAAAAAAGAAGAAGUGAAUUUGGAAAAACCCAAAAAAGGGAAACAAAAUGUGAAGUUAAAGAAUUCACCACAGAUAAUUCCAGACAGCGAUGAAGGCGUCUUCAAAGCUGGAGCAGAGAGGUCUGAGACACAGGGGGCAGCAGAAGUCCAAGAAGAUGAAGAUACUCAAGUCGAGAUCCCAGUUGAUCAGAGGCCAGCAGAAAUAGUAGGUGAGGAAGAAGAUGGAGAGAAAGCCAACAAGGAAGCAGAGCAGAAAGAAGAUUUUUCAGGAGUGAAUGGCCAAGUUGAAGAGGGAGGAGGUGGGGAGGCUGCAGACGCCCCCGAGGAAGUCGAGGAGGUCCCCGAUCACGGCGAGGGGCAGGCGGGUCCCACUCGCAAUAAUGGAGGCACCGAUGAAGAAAAUGGCGAGGAGCUGGAUCAGGUUAACACGGAGCUUCAGGACACAGUGGACGAAGAAGUAAAGUCUGAAGGAGCUGGCAAUGGACAGGAUGAGGCUGACUUAGACCCUCAAAGACCACCAAGACCAGAAGUAAAAAUCACCAGUCCGCAAGAAAAUGAUAACAAUGAACAAAACAAGGACUAUGCCGUCGUAGCAUAGAUCAUUUCUAAAAAGAGAGUGCAUUAUCAGAAAAAAUGAAGGGUUCUAAUACUUGAAUGAUAAGUAUGUAGUUAUUGCGGGACAUAAUGUGGCAACAUGGUUGACUGCUACCUACUGAAUUUUAAGAUUAGAGGCUUAAUGGAAAGAUUAGAUGAUUUUGAGUAGCUACUAAAGGACAGUGGCUUCUUUUCAUGGGAUGUGUUUUUAAAAGUCAUUUAGAAAAAUUAAGAGGGAUAGAGGGGCAUUUGCACUGGAUGACAAUUGGCCACUUGUCUUUGUAAGCAAUGAAAAAGAAUAGGACCACACUUCUUGUAUACUUUUCCAUAAAUUUAGAAGUGAGGUUAUUAGAUGGGAGCUUAUUCUAAAGCACUUAUCCAGGAAGGCAUAGAAUUUUAAAGAAAUGAUAAUAGGAAAACCUGUACUAUUUUUUUAAAGCAAUAAACUCUUUAAUAACCACCAAUUUUAGUGUAGUUUUAGGCAGUAGAUCGAAAUGUUUCAGUGACUUGUUGACAUUCCUUCCUUCUGCCUCCUUGUCCCUGAUCCCAUCUCACAUGAAUUAAAAAGGCUAUAACCCAGUUAUGUCACCAAGCUUGGUUGGAUGGUUUAAAAAUUCUGAUUAUGUUAGAAGACUCAAUAUUGGCUAAAGAUUGAAUUCUCUCCAAAUAGUUAUUUUUACAAAAAAAAAAAAAAAAGCCAACAAACAAACAAAAACCCCCCACAAA